AUGUAUCUUCACUGCUUGCGAACCGACUCUCACUUUUUACUAUUCGCCCUCGUUCUUGUCUCUGCUGUAGUAGCAGCAGCAGCUCCCGGUAUUAGGCCAGUUCAACAACGCCAUUCUUUGACCUCAACAUCCUAUAUCCCCAAGGUCACGCUAGCUUCAGUAAAGUUUCCAGGAACUGAAACUGAAACUGACAUCAAAUCGAAGAACGGCUUACACAUCGAGGCUGCCAUCAAAAGAUUUCUUCGAAAAGUAAUCAAAUCACAAUUUGAACUUGGAGAUUUGAAGGACAACUUCAAGUUCUACGGUUCCCCGUCUAAGCCAGAUAUAGAGGGUCGGUACCACUUUGACGUCAUCCUUUCUCUGAAUCCCCCGACGUCCGAUUGGAAGGGUAAGGCAGCAGUGCGUUUUACGAACAAAGUUUUGCAGAAAACGAGAAUCUGGGGUACGCUGAAUGAUACCAGUGGGGAUAGGAUCGCCGAGAUUAGUGAUAAUGUGUUCAAUAACGCCCUCUUCACGCAAGGAAGACCCAUGGACGUGAACUUAUACACUCUAGCAAAGCUUGAGGGCGGGAAAAAGAGGACUAUCUCCUGA